AACCUAACUACUAUGUCCGAUUUCUCUCUCCCAAUGCUUAUAUAAACCUGCAGACCCCCCCUAGAGAUUUUGUAUCAGAAUCACAAACACACACAAUUCUACUUCCUACUUUCUCUCUCAUCACAUAGCCCUCCCUUCUUCAUUUCUAGAGAGAGAGAGAGUAUCAUCAUCAUCAUCAAUUAUCAAGAAUCCUCUUCCAUCACUUUCUUGAAAACCCUUCUUACUUCAUUUUUUCUUUUGCUAUUUAAAAAAAAAAAAAAAGAUGGCAGCCUUUUCAUCAUCAUCAUCAUUAUUUGAGCAGAACCAACCUUUUAUCAUUGACUCAAUUUUCCUGCCAAAUUCUCCCUCCACCAUUAAUAUUAAUAAUAUUAAUAAUAAUAAGAUGUUGUGUAGUAGUAGCCCUUUUGAGGAACCAAACAGUACCUACCUAUCUUGCUUUCCUCAAUUCUUCCAACCUGAUGAUGAUGCAAACCCUCAAACAUUAAUAAACAAUCUUCACCAGAAUAGUAAUAAUAUUAUUACCACUAUUAAUAAUAAUAAUAAUGAUGCUAAUUCUUCUGUCAUGAGUGUGACAAACAAAAAUAGUAUGGAUUCAUCUUCUUAUUCAAUUGUUACUCACAAGUGUGAUCUCAGCAUUGACCAAGUCUUGACCACCACCGCCACUACUACUACUACCACCACCACUACUCCGAUCGAGGAAAAGACGACGAAGAAGAGGAAAUCUAAAGAGGGUUCUUCUCCGAAUUCCGCUCAAUCCAAGGAUAAGAGAGAAGUAAGUAAAGAGAAGAAGCAAAAGAAAAUGAAAGAAUGCAAGGAAAAGAAAAUACUAGUAGAAGAACCUCCAACUGGAUAUAUUCAUGUAAGGGCAAGGAGGGGCCAAGCAACUGAUAGCCACAGCCUUGCCGAGAGGGUGAGAAGGGAGAGAAUAAGUGAAAGAAUGAAGCUGUUACAAGCUCUUGUCCCUGGUUGUGACAAGGUAACUGGAAAGGCCCUCAUGUUGGAUGAAAUAAUAAACUAUGUCCAAUCCCUCCAAAAUCAAGUUGAGUUUCUCUCAAUGAAGCUUGCUUCUGUGAAUCCCAUGUUCUAUGACUUUGGAGUUGACUUAGAAUCAUUCAUGGUUCGCCCUGAUCAGGAUUUAAGUAACUUGCCAAACAUGCAAGAAUGCCACCCCACAGUAACAGCCAAUGAUCACUAUCAUAUGCUUCUUGAAAAUUCUCCUAAUUCAUUUAUUUUUCAGGCAAGUGUGGAUGAGCAUAGACAAAAAAAUAUCAAUCAGUCAGGAUUAAUAAGCAGUAGCUUGUUUCCUUUCAAUUAAUAUUAAUUAUUAAUUAAUCCAGCAUCUCUUGCCCUACAAGCAUCUGGUUGUAAGGAAUUUGAUCAAGCAAAAGAAAGAUAGAUACUAAUGGAAAAAGAGGAGAGAUAUCACAAGGGUAUUUAUGGAAUAUCAAGAAAAAAAUAUAGUGGGCACAAAUUAAAAUUCUUGAGACAAAAACAAAUUAAAAACCGGAUCUUCCUCAAAGAUUCUUUUGUUUCCCAAACAGGGCAGCACAAAAUGUAUUCCUAAUGCAACCCUCCUAUGCUUUGUGGUGGUUUAAAUGAAAUUAGUGAGUACUAUUAGCUAGUGGAAAUAUGUACACAUAAGGAAAAAUAAAUAAAUUAUUAUUUGUUUAUUAUAUUCUUAUUGAAUAUUAUAU